AUGGCUGCAAGUAAAAACAUCUCCGAGAUUAUGGCAACAGUGAACAUGGCAGAAGACGAGAAAUUUACUUCCAAUGUUACUAAUAUCUUCGAGAGGGAUCCAGAAUACAUUCCUAACGAUUCAGAUGACUCAGAGGUGUUGCGCUACGCUACAAAUGACUCCUUGCUGUAUCCCGUGUCGCGGUAUGUCCAGUGGGCGCUCAGGCACAGCCAACCAAUUAUUCUAAGGAAGUGGAUCGUGGUAACCGAGUCCAUCGCAUAUAUGUCUGGGGAGCUUCACAUAGAGUUCCGGUACCGACGAGAGUACGCCGACAUGGCGGAAUGCACACUGACGCGUGUGAGGCAAGCUGCCGCUCAGAAGGCGGGCUCCCAUUAUUCUAAGGUGUUAACGGUCAGCAUACAUGUUCGUCGCUCGGACUACGCUUCAUACUUGAUCCAUAAAUUUAAUGCCAAAAAUAUGGCAGAGGUGGGCUACUACCGCAGGGCGGCAAAGCGCAUGCGCGAACUGCUCGAGCCAGAGUUCGCUGCCCUCGCCUUCAUCGUGGCCAGCGACGACAGUCAAUGGUGUCAAAAUACUCUGCUGCCUGCACUCAACAGGGAUUUCCAGGAGGGGAGCCCGCCCAGCAGCGUCUUCCUGACGCCUGACGACAGCAGCAGCUCGCCGGUGCACGACCUGGCCGUGCUGUCGGCCGCCGACCACUCAGUGCUGAGCUACGGCACGUUCGGAACGUGGGCAGCGCUAAUGGCCGGCGGGCGCGCCAUCGUGUUCGACCUCGCUGCCGCCAACCCGCACCUACCACCGGGCACCCGCAACAGCGCCAUGAGCUUCGCGCCCCACCUGCCGUCGUGGGAGCUCCUCACCUGA